GCUGUUAGCAUGUGUUUCUGUAGCUCUGUCUGAGCAGUGUCAGGAUGGGUCUGUGUGGGGCUGUGCUGAUUUUGCCUGUGUUUUCUUUAUUAGUCAAGGGGACAGAGUAUGCAGCUGUUGGCAGAGAUAAAACCAAGCUGGCUGGUAAGGUGAAUGCUGGUGGGAUUGACCUGAUGUGAGCCUGUGUCUGGGAAGUCAGUAGAAGAGGUGGCCUGCAGUUGCUUGGAGUGCCACCUCAGCCCACAGCCUGGGGCAGAGGGCACAGCUGGGCACAAGGCAGCAGCACGAAUGCCACGUUACCAAGCUGCUGUUAGGUUUUAGCCCUGCUUUCUCGUACAGUCUCAAGCGUGGGGCGUCUGUGGGUUGGGGCUGGGGCCCAUGGGAUUCACUCGUGUGACGGAGCGCGGCUGCCCCCCUCUGGCUGUUUUUUCCCCCCACUGCAUUCUUAUCACAAUAUACUCCUCAGAAUGUAGUGAAAAUGAAACGUACCACCUUGUUCCUUUUGAGUGUGUUCUACUGUGAUUAACUCCUUCCCCGUGCCCUGCAUGUAACAAGGCGUUUCAGUUCAGUAUGCUCCUGUCCACUUUGCCUAAUCAGAGCGAUCAAAUAAGGUUCCUCUUGUUUAUCAAAUCGAUGUUCCAGGAGGGGACAACGCUGAGAAGGAGCCACCUCGGUCCCCGGUGAUGCACAAAAGCAGGACUCCGCUUCAGCCUUCGCCCUCCAGCUGCACUCCCCAAAACAGGCCUGAAGCUCUUGCAGCUAUAGAGAUGCAUAACACCGUGCUGGUAUUUAAAUACUAGAAAACAUUAUUACUGGAUAACUUGUUUACUAUCUCAGAUAUCUAUUACAUAGCUGUUGUUCUGUUUUUUUUUUUUUUUUUUGAAAGGGCAUGGUAAAAAAAAUAAGGAACCAUUUAACUGUGUUAUUAUAUGUAUUUCUAGCUCUAAGUAUUCUAUGUUUAGUCCCCUUUUCUCUGCUUUUCGUUUAGAUUGCUUGUAAAGGAUUGUAAUUUUGGUGCUGUACAGGAAAUCAGAUAUUCCUUCAUGAAGCCCUUCUACCUGAGUUCACUCUCAUGUAUUUGCCACAGGAUGUGAUCUUCACUCUACACAUAGAUGGCAAAAUAAGCUGUGGCUUAUACUUCUCUUAUAAAGCAGUUAACAUGCCAGUAACGACAGAAAAUAACUUUAUAGUGAGAAUUUGAAGGAAACUACUGACAGUUGUAUUUAAUGCUUUUGGAAAUUCAUGUUAAACUGCAAAGCACUGUUGCUGCCUUGUUUCUUGGUCCGUUUCUGCCCUCUGACAAGUUUCCAGGCUCCCCUCAGAACAGGAGAUCUGGCUCUUAGAAAGAAUCCAGUGAACGUGCUUGAUGCAGCAAGCCCAUGGAUUGCAGGAAUUGGCCAGCUUGGCCAAAUUCUGUCAUCUCUAGCAAGAAAGGCUGCUCCGGGGCUUGGUGUGACAGUUCAGAUGGUGCGUGAUGGCUUUAUGUCAGACAUCAGAAAGUAAUGGCCCAUCAGUGUUUGAGACUAUGCAAAUAAAUCAAAACAUUUUCAGGUUCUCUUAAAGCAAUAUUCUUCUUGCAGAAGGGUAAGAGGGAGGAGAUUUCCUCUGCAGUAAGUGCAAUGAUUCUGUAUUGAUGUGUUUGGUUGCCUGUGAGCUGUUCUGCUGACAGUCUACCUGCUUGGGGAACCCCUGUGUGCAGUGAAUGAGUGCUCAGUUCAGGAAGCAGUCUGAUCUGCAUUGCUUCAUAAGGAAUUUAUUGACAGGAGAAGUUCUGGGGCUAUGAUGUUUUGUUGUUGUUUUGCCCUCUCGUGCUGAAUCUCACUGUGAUGAUGGUUUCUGGGUUUAGAAAUAAACCUGUCUGUGUACUUCUGGAGUGUUUCUUCCAGGCCCACUGAAAAAUUGACUUCAUUGCAGAAAAGGAUUGGAGAAGAGAAAUCCUGUUUGCUGGCUUUCACAAGGAAGGAUGGUUGGUAGAUAAAGGAAUACAUAUGAGAUAAGGGCAGAAAGGUGCUAUGUGAAAAAUGCUGGAUGCCAUCCUCUAGGAGGUGAGAAAAGGGGAUGUCUGCAUCCAGCUGGUCCGGCAAUGUCACCUGUAUGAACAUGAUAGCCCAGGGAAAAUACACCUGCUUGUACCUUUGAGCCCUGUGGCCCUACAGCUGCAAACCUGGGUAGUAGUCAGGAAUAACACCACCCCGUGGAGAAGUGCUUGCAAAAGUCACGUAUUCGGUCUUGAGGAGGGACCAGGGUCAGACUAUAUAUAUUCCUUUACCAUUUUACUGCAGCACCUGUGAGAGGUGGGACUACUACUUGCUGCUAGCUGGCGGGUGAACACCAUCGCCCCCUUGCUCUUGUGAUACGCAGUUUUGCCUGACAGUCCUGGUUUGCAGCAGAGCAAGCAGGCACUGCAGGGCUUGUGAGACUCCUACAAAAGUUGAAGAGCUCAGCACCUGGCUUCCAAACCAAACACUAGAACUCUACUCCUACUUUCUGCUCCUGCCUCUAAUAACGAGUUAGCAAGGAGGAAGCUGGGGGACCUGUGACCGGGACAGCUUUAAGGCCAAACCCCAGCUUCUCACUGACAGCACGAGCUCCAGAGCUACUACCCCUCCCAGCCAGGGCUGCCAGCGCCACCUGGCGACACCCUCAGCCCAGUCCCGUACAGCUUUCUGCUCCUCGACCUUUCCCUGGCAGUUGAGACCUUUCUCCGGAGCAGACGGUCUGUCCCACUGCGCCCACCGUGUGUCCGCUCCGGUGGCGUUCGCUGGGGCACCCGCUGUGGUUCCCGGUCGGAGCCCAUCUGUGCUGCAGGUGGCCUGAGGGGUCCGGUUGAAUCCCAGCAACGCCCUCCUCCCUGCAGCUCUGGCGCUGUCUCCUGGCAGCCUCCUGUUGCCACAGCCCCAGCGUUGUCUGUCAUCUUGGUUCGGAGCAGGGCCGUGCCACUGUAGGGCUGACGGUGGUUCUUAUGGUGGUUGGUGCCACCCUCCCAUACGUAUCACCAGCUGAGAUGGUAUAAAACAGAGGGUGCGUGCUCUCUGUGGGAUGCUGGUGAUGCACCCUCUCCCAGGCAGCUGAGGCAGACGUGCCGUUUGGCAUUGACUGAUUCCCUCUCUGCUAGCUCACAGCUCCAGCUGGGGCAGGCUACUUCCACAGCUCCAGCUGAUAAGCUCGUCUGCUGCCAGUGAGUAGCCAUGAGUUCUUCUCACCUAAGCAACAGAGCUGAGAGCCACUUUCGAUCCCCGGAGGAGCAUGAACUGGAGGCUGUGGGGAAGAAAGCGUGGGAUAAUCCUGUCUACAAUGGCUCUCCCUCUACCUCCUUGAAGAUUCGAGCCAUCUACAACCCCAAAUCAAUUCUGGAGAAUCCCUACGAGGGCUUUGAAGAGGUGAGGGAUCCGGUGCCGUACCAGGAGGAACAGAACAAAACUAUGGAGGGGAAGACAAGUCCUUUCCGCAAGUGCUGCUUCUACAUCUUCAGAGGCAUCCGAGGUCUGUGGGGCACUACGCUAACUGAGAACACAGCUGAAAACAGGGAACUUUAUGUGAAGACUACUCUGAGAGAGCUCCUAGUCUACAUUGUGUUCCUGGUGGACAUCUGUCUGCUGACCUAUGGUAUGACAAGUUCCAAUGCCUAUUACUACACUAAAGUGAUGUCCGAGCUAUUCCUGCAGACCUCUUCGGACAGCCGUGUCUCCUUCCAGUCCAUUGGCAGCAUGGCUGACUUCUGGGUGUAUGCACAAGGUCCUCUUCUGGAUAAUCUUUACUGGACAAAAUGGUAUAACAAUGAGUCCCUAGCAGCACACAACACUCAGUCAUACAUCUAUUAUGAGAACCUGUUACUGGGUGUCCCACGCAUGCGACAGCUGAAGGUGAAGAACAAUUCCUGUGUGGUUCAUGAUGACUUCAAAGAGGAGAUCUCAGGCUGCUACGACGUAUACUCAGAAGACAAAGAGGAAAAGGUCUCCUUUGGACUCAUCAAUGGAACAGCGUGGAGGUACCAUUCUGAGGAAGAGCUGGGUGGCUCAUCUCACUGGGGAAGACUAACCAGUUACAGUGGGGGAGGAUACUACAUAGACCUCAAGUUGACCAGGGAAGAGAGUGCUGAAGCCCUGCAAAUCUUGAAGGAGAAGUUAUGGUUGGAUCGGGGGACACGGGUUGUCUUCAUUGAUUUCUCAGUGUAUAAUGCAAAUAUCAAUCUGUUCUGCGUUCUGAGGUUAGUGGUUGAGUUUCCAGCCACUGGUGGUGCCAUUCCCUCCUGGCAAAUCCGGACAGUCAAGCUUAUACGAUAUGUCAGCGCAUGGGAUUUUUUCAUUGUUGCCUGUGAAAUUGUUUUCUGUGUCUUCAUCUUCUACUAUGUGGUGGAGGAGAUUUUGGAGCUGCGUAUCCACAGGCUUCAGUACUUUACCAGCAUAUGGAACAUCUUGGAUGUGGUUGUCAUUCUACUCUCCAUUGUUGCUAUUGGAUUUCACAUCUUUCGUACCAUUGAGGUGAACAGACUGUUGGGGGAGCUGCUGAAACAUCCUGAAACCUACGCAGACUUUGAAUUCCUAGCGUUCUGGCAGACUCAGUACAAUAAUAUGAAUGCAGUCAACUUAUUCUUUGCUUGGAUCAAGAUAUUCAAGUAUAUUAGCUUUAACAAAACAAUGACUCAGCUGUCCUCCACGUUGGCUCGUUGUGCCAAGGACAUCCUGGGCUUUGCCAUUAUGUUCUUUAUCGUCUUCUUUGCCUAUGCCCAGUUGGGUUACCUUCUUUUUGGGACACAAGUGGAAAACUUCAGUACCUUUGUUAAAUGCAUCUUCACCCAAUUUCGGAUCAUUCUUGGUGACUUUGACUACAAUUCCAUUGACAAUGCCAACAGGGUCCUUGGGCCUGUUUAUUUCGUCACCUACGUGUUCUUUGUUUUCUUUGUGCUCCUGAACAUGUUUCUGGCCAUCAUCAAUGACACCUACUCAGAAGUCAAGGAGGAACUUUCAAGCCAGAAGGAUGAGCUGCAGCUCUCAGACAUAUUGAAGCAGAGUUAUAACCGAACGCUUAUGAGGUUGAAACUGAAAAAGGAACAGAUCUCUGAUGUGCAGAAAGCACUGCAGAACGGAACGAAAGAACUGGGCUUUGAGGACUUCAAGAAUAGCUUGAAGGAGCUGGGCCACGCGGACCAUGAGAUCACAGCAGCCUUCUCCAGGUUUGACAAAGAUGGCAACUACGUCCUUGAUGAAGAGGAGCAACAGCAGAUGAAGCAUGACCUAGAGGCAAAAAGGGUUGCUCUGAAUACAGAGAUUGAAAAUUUAGGGAAGUCCUAUGGUGGCAACAACUUGGAUGAGAAUCUAUCCUACGUGGAACCAAAGAAUAACUAUGCCAAUAAGGCCAGCUGGGUCUCCAAAGAAGAGUUCCAAGUACUCCUGCAACGUGUGCUGCUUCUGGAACAGUCCAUACACAGCAUUGGCUCCAAGAUUGAUGCAGUGGUAAGCAAGCUAGAAGUGCUGGAGAGAAACAAGCUGAAAACAAAGGAUCUGAUGGGCAAGCCACUGGACAACGGUAGGAAGGAGGAAGAACCCAGUCAGGAAGAACUGCUCUCCCAGAGCCUAGACCAGCUGGGGAAAGAAGCAGCAGAAGGCUGGGGAGCGGGAUGUGUACAGGGAAAUAACCCAAGUUGCAUCUCUUCUCAGAAUGGGAUCUGCCCAGUCUUACUCAGGUCAAGUGUACCGGGGUCUCAGGCACCCAAGAACAUCCAGUCACAGCCUGAGUGCUUCUAGCAAACAGCCCAGUGUUCCCAGUCUGGCUUCCACGGUACUAAGUCACCAUCAGUUGUUUUUCCUGCUGUUAGCUUAGUCAGAACAGCUGAACGCAGACACUACUGUUGCCAGAGACUGGUGAUAUGAGAAAUUGGGAAUGCUCUUUUCCAGCAUAGUGAUGUGUGAUGUCACAAACCUAGAACUUCUGGCCCCUGUGUUUCUGGACUAGGUAGAAAUUUGGAACCAGGUAUUGUAUUAGCUUUCUGUCUCUGAACAGGACAACUCCAAGUGCUUUUACCUAUAUUUUCCCAAGAUGUAAAGGCCUCAGAGCUCUGGGUGCACUUGGAACCACAAUGGGAAAUUGCAAGUUGUUCCCCACAAACACAUGCCUGCUCUCACUUGUGAGGAAAAGCUGAGGUAAUCAUGUUAACAAAGCAGAAUAUAAUCAUUAGCGUGAGACAGGAAGGAGAAAAUAGUUGUGUCUACCUGGUUACCGCCAACUUUGUUCUGUUGUAAUUUGUAUCCAGAACAUCUCGGUAACCCUCUUUGGUUACCAAAGAUUCAGAUGUUGGUUGGUUGGUUACCUUAGACUCAGAUGUUGGGGAAAAAAACAGGAUUUAAACGCCUCAGUCAUGGUAAUUAAAAUGAGAGUUUACUCCCAGUGUACUAGGGGGAGAUGUGAAGUUGAAGAAGCAGCUGUUACUGAUAGUCUGAGGUCUGAAUGUCAGGGAACAGACUUCAGAGUUUCAAACACUGCUGCUGACAUUUAGAAGGUCUUUGUUAUCAACUUCCGCACUACUUAAGAUGCGUUUCAAUGUACUGGACGAAGCUAGUACCAUAUCUACAAAAUUAUGACACUUGUAAUUUUCAUGAAAACAAUUUUGCAGUUGUAUGGAGGUGCUGAUGCCAUUUCAGAUUAGGAAUAUUGUGGAAAAAUGUCAUGUGAACAUCAACUUCUUAAUCAUGUGCAAGAUGCAUUUCUUACAGGCAUUUUUUCACUUUGAAUUUCUGCUUUCCUUGUAGUUGGAGCAGAUUGCACCUAAUAUAAGUCGGCAUUGUGUUUAAUGAAUGUGUUCUGACUUACACCUCUGGUGAAGCUGGCUUGUCCUCUGUUCCAGCUCAUCACUUCAAUCUUGUAUGGUUUAGGUUAGUGAAUGGCUGGACUGGAUAAUGUUAAGGGUCUUUUCCAGUCUUGGUGAUGCUAUGAUUUUAUUGCAACAAAUAGUUAUUUUGUAUUGCACACCAAUAGUUGAUAUCUUUGAGGAAUGUUAUCAAAAGAUCUUGUGAGAUCAGCAGGGGUAAAAAUUUACUACUUCA